AUGGACCUCGAGCAACUCCUAGCCACCGUGCCCAGCGAUCUCGAGCUCGCCGUUCUACUUGGUCUGAUCGCACGGCAGCCAUGCCUCAUCUAUGGGAAUGACGACUCCAUCAACAACCUCGCCUCCGAACUCGCCCUGAUCGUUUCCGACAAGUUCAAACUAUCCUACGCUGUCCUCGAGCCAUCAGACCUGCAGUCCGUCGACACCUUCGUGGAAGCCAUACUCGACGACACCCAUCACUUCGCGGACGACGCUGACUUCGACAACAGCGACAGCGAGGCCGCAGCAACCACCCUCAGAUCCCGUAUCGCCAACGUCAGCUUCCGUGGUGGCGCCUGCAGCCACGUCGAGCAGCAAACCCUGGACAACCGGAUGGUCGUGAACGUCAUCAUCGCGAAGAACUUCAACUACGCCAGCCACGACGUUCAGAUCCAAGUCAUGGACUUGAUCAGAAAACAUCGCGUCUUCAGCAAGACGACUGUUCACCCCGUGCCGAAGCUGUUCCUGUUCCUGCCCAUCGUUUCCAUUUCAACAAUGCACGUCCGCAUCAACGGCCAACUCAACGAUCGGAUCUUCAUCAGCCACCGACACAAGCCAGAGGAUGGUUUCCCGAACGUGGAGGACAUGGAGAUGGACGAUCCCUUCCGCAGUGCGUCGUUGUCGAGGUCUCGCUCGUCUACCCAACACCACAUUGGCAAAGACUCACUCGACCGUCUGGCUGAGCUCGGCAAGCAAGUCACCAUCACGCCAGAAGUACGACGCCACCUGCAAGACAUUGUUGUGUUCCUCCGAAUGGAGCGCGGCGUCGAUAGCGGCAUCACGCCCUACAGCAAUGUCUGCUUCGUGGAUCUAGCAAAGUACCUCGCACCACUGCACGGCAUCGAUUACGUCACGCCGUCUCUGCUGGAACUCGCUGCGAAGAAGGUCUUCCCACAUCGGCUGAUAGUAGCGGAGCCGGAGCGAGAGCGCAGCACGCAGUUCGGCAGCGAUAUUGGUGCGGUGAGGCAGUAUAUGAGGGGUUUGGAGCCGGAGCAUGUGAUUGAUGCUGUGCUUGCAAAAGUGCCGAAUCCCAGAUAA